GCGAAAGUGGACGAGGUUCAGUAUAUAACAGACGUGAGCAGCUACAGAGAGUCAUAGCAGCUGUUGGUUACCCAAGCAACAUGAAGCUUCUGGUCUGCACGUUAUUCCUAGCCGCCUUAGUUCUGGCUGAAGAGGACAAGAAGGACGACAGCAAGACAGUGAAGAGAGGAUUGCACGACCUGGGCUUCGGAGGAGGGAGUUUCGGACACGGAGGAGGGAGUUUCGGACACGGUGGAGGUGCCUCUUUCGGAGGACACGACGGCUUCAGUCUAGGAGGUCACUCCUUCGGCGGCGGAAGUUUCGGAGGAGGGGAAUCCCACCACGAGAGUCACGUGAAAGCCAUCACCAUCACCAAGGAAGUUAAAGUGCCCGUCCCUCAACCAUACCCAGUGCAUGUGGAGAAGAAGGUCCCGUACCCCGUGAAGGUCCCUGUAGCCGUCCAUGUUGACAAACCCUACCCAGUUCACGUCCCCAAACCAUACCCUGUCUACGUCGAGAAGAAGGUCCCUUACCCUGUGGAGAAGAAGGUCCCUUACCCUGUGAAGGUCCCUGUGAAGGUGCCGUACCCAGUCCCUCACCCUGUCCAUGUCCCUAAGCCGUACCCCGUGAAGGUCGCUGUGCCUCAUCCCUACCCCGUGAAGGUGCCAGUCGUGGUGGAGAAGAAGGUCCCUGUCUACGUGAAGGAACAUCACCACGAGGGAGGUUUCGGAGGAGGUCUGGAGGGACACAGCUUUGGAGGUCAAGAUUUUGGAGGUCAUGACUUUGGAGGUCAUGAUUUUGGAGGUCAUGGUGGUUUUGGGGGAUAUCAUUAAUGUGGAUGCAAUGACGCUGAAUAUCAAAUGCAAGCAGCAACGUUUGGCUCAUGUAUGUGCAAUGCAUGAGUUUAAAAGUGAAUUGUAGGUUCUCAGCUGAUAAGAACUAACAGUGUUCUUUUGAGGGAAGAACCAGAAAUUACCUGAAAUGAAUUGUUUUCGUGAACUAGUCAAUUUUUGAACCUGCAUCUCAUUGUCUGUCCUCCGUUAUUCGUCAUCAGCCAGAAGUAGAAACGCACAUAAUUAUUAUUUAUAAAACAAUUUGUCUUCAUAUAGCUUCACAUAUUAUGUUUUGUACUUGAGUUUCAAAUCUAUAAAUCAUGUAGUAACUUGAA